AUGGCAAACGUCCCCUACUCCACCAUGUCCGCCUCAGGCCCCAACUCCUCCCCCGCCGCCUCUUCCACCGCCACCCAACCCACAACCUGCAACCCGGAACACAUCGCCCACAGCGACAUCCCGCCCAACUUCUCCGGCUGCGCCAUCUCCUUCCCCCAGCAGUCGCCCCUGCAGAAUCUCCAGCCCUGCUGCGAUGGGCCCGUCAUGGUCCAGAAUGGCUGCUUUCAGUACUGCGCCACCCGCUCGAGUGAUGACGAUUGGAGGAACUGUGUGCGUCAGAAUGUGAAGGUCGGGGGCGAGUUUGCGAGUGCGUGUAGUGCUAGCGGGGGAGGGGGCGAUCAGAAUGGGAAUCAGGGUGGGAAUGGAAAUCAAGGUGGGAAUCAGAAUGGAAACCAGGGUGGGAAUCAGAGUGUGAAUCCGCAGGGCGAUAAUGGGAGUCGGAAUGGAAAUCAGGGUGGAAAUCAGAAUGGCGACCAAAGUGGAAACCAGAAUGGCAAUCAGAGUGGAAACCAGAGUGGAAACCAGAAUGGGAAUCAAAGUGGAAACCAAAAUGGCGGCCAGAAUGGCCAGCAGAAUGGCGACCAGAAUGGAAACCAGAGUGGAAACCAGAACGGUGACCAGAAUGGAAAUCAGAAUGGAAACCAAGACGGAAACCAGAAUGGAAAUCAGAGUGGAAACCAAGAAGGAAACCAGAGCGGCCAGCAAAAUGCCGGCCAGAACGACAACGGAAACGACGAUAACAACCGAGGUGGCAACAGUGACAACAACAACCGCGACGGCAAUCGAAACGACGACAACGGCAACGGCAGACAAUCCGGACGAGCGUCCAAGCGAGUGGACUGCGCCGGGAACAAGCUCCGCGUCGGAAUCUUCAUCUUGCUGGCCGUCGGAUGGGUGGGCAUGUGA